AUGGAGCCGGCUGGGCCGUGCGCCGUCUGCCCGGCCGCGGAGGCCCAGCCGGCGCGCUACACCUGCCCGCGCUGCAAUGUGCCCUACUGCUCGCUGCGCUGCUACCGGGCGCACGGCGCCUGCGCCGAAGACUUCUACCGCGACCAAGUGCUGGGCGAGCUCCGCGGCCGCACUGCCUCCCCCAGCCGCCUGGCGAGCGCCCUGCGCCGGCUUCGGCAGCAACGCGAGACUGAAGAUGAGCCCGAGGACGCAGGCCUCAGCCCGGGACCUGCGCCCGGCGGCCUCGCGGGGCUCUGGGAGCGGCUGACCCCGGCGGAGAAGGCGGCCUUCGAGCGGCUGCUGAGCCGCGGCGAGGCCGGGCGCUUGCUGCCGCCGUGGCAGCCGUGGUGGUGGGCCCGCCGGUCCGAGCCGCGGCUGCUGGAAGAACUGGAGGCGCCGGUAGGUGGUGACGCCGCGGAGCCCGAGGGCGCAGAGCCGCCUCCCGGAGACGCCCCGACGGCGCGCGCGCCCGCGGUGCCCACCCGCAUCCCCACGCUGGCCAGCCUGGGCCGCGGCCCCGCCUCGCCUCUCGUGCGCUUCCAGCUGCCCAACGUGCUGUUCGCCUACGCGCACACCCUGGCGCUGUACCACGGCGGGGACCCGGCGCUGCUCUUGGACUUCUGCGACACGCUGCUCGGCGUCUCCGGGGCCCUGGGUGCCCAGCAGGUCUUCGCCUCGGCCGAGGAGGCCCUGCAGGCCGCCGUCCACGUGCUGGAGGCGGGCGCGCACCCGCCGGGGCCCCUGGGCACGCGCGGCGCCAUGCGCGAGGCCGCCCGCAUUCUCUUGGGCGAGGGGCCCGCGGACCCGAAGGGCCACACGCUGGCGGCGCUGGGGCACCUGGCGCAGCUCCUGGGUCGAGCUCGGAAACGGGCCCGGGCAGCGGAGGAGCGAGGCCGCCUCUACCGUGCUCGGAAGAAGUGCCAGUUCCUGCUGGCCUGGACCAACGAAAACGAGGUGACCCUGGCCCCCCUGGCCCUAGACUGCGCGCGGGCCCACCGAGCGCAGGCCGUGGCGGCCGAGGAGAUGGCGACCCUCGCCGGGGAGAUGGAGCGCCUCUGGGGAGGCCCGCUGCCCCCUGCCCGCAGGACUGUCAUUGAGGAGCUCCCUGGCUGA